CUUCUUCACCCAUUCCCCACUCCCGCCAUGAGCAAUCCUGGGCAGCCCACGGGCGACUCUGCAAUGGGCCCUCCCGCUUUCCAAAGCGCUACCUCCUUCCUCAAAUCCACCGAAACACUCGCGGGUCCGGGUGCACCCUCUUUCCGGAACGCUUCUGGUGGUCUGCCGCAAGUCAGAGACUCGGAAGACUCGAACAGCGAUACACAGCCCCAGGGUGGCCCCAGUGCGCCGCCAGUUCAGCCCCAGGCGGGAUCCUCUCGGCCUAUCAACAGACCCGCUUCCAGUAAAAGCAGUAUCGUCUACAAUUCUGUCCAACGGCGUAACCCUGUGCUUGGUGCUAUAAGAAGCGUGGGUAUCGAGAUUGGCGAUAUUCCAGCAGACUAUCAAGUUGGUGCGCACAACGGUGUCCUCUUUCUCAGUCUCAAAUACCACCGGCUUCAUCCCGAGUAUAUCCAUCAGCGGAUCGAAAAGAUGAAAAACAUGUACAAUCUGCGUAUUAUCCUCGUGCUCUGCGAUGUGAACGAACAUCAUCAAUCUCUUCGGGAGCUUAGCAAGAUCGCCAUCAUCAACGACUUUACGGUCUUUGUCGCUUGGUCUAACGAAGAAAUCGCCCAGUAUCUGGUCACGUUCAAGCAAUUUGAGCACAAGUCUGCCGACAUGCUGAAGGAACGGGUGCAGCAGACGUACCACGACCAACUCCAGCAUGUAUUGACGAGCGGGAAAAAGGUCAACAAGACGGAUGCGAAUAAUUUGGCUGCCGAGUUUGGGUCUUUGGACAACAUGUCGCGCAAGUCGGCAAAGGCAUUGUCCAACGUCAAGGGUCUAGGUGCCACCAAGGUCACAUCGCUUGUAGACGCCUUCAAUAAGCCCUUCCUGGUCGGGGGUCUCAAACGACCAGAGAAGACCACCAGCCCAAGAGGGCAGCAAGGCAGCGAAGAGAGUAUCUAUGUGGGCAGCAGCCCUGAUCCAUCGGUGGCUCAGGACGGGGUGAAUGGGGCAGAUGGGGAGAUGGAUGGAGCCGCGGUAUGGCGCGACCCUCUGGAUGAUGAUGACGAGGUGGAGGUGCCGUCACCAAAGAGGACCAGAGUGGAUGAUGUGUAGAGGACUUCGCCCACUGUAACUCUGCGCUGGCUCGACUCGGUCCCCACCCGGGUCGCGGCCUCUGUGUAUAUUUCAAAGCAGCAACCACGCUAACGGAGCCUCCGCAAAUCUCAAAGCAACUCGGACAGUACUGUACAUCUAUCACAGGCUCAUCAAGAACAAGGCCGACCCCGGCCGAGAUUCGCUUCCUCUUCAUCGGGGACCGAAACCUCGCCAUUGUCUUUUCGACAUGGCCGGCUCUGCUAUACGUACUCUCUGUCCUAUCUAUGUUUUUCCGUUGGCCGUCGGAUGUCAUGUCAAGGGUUGACGACUGCGCCUGUGAUGAAAAGCCUUCAGCAGCCUUCACAAGCUCGUCUCGCGUCAUCAUAUUCCCGGCGGCCGGUGCUCACCUACGGUCUAUUGUUCUUUUCUCUGCGCUCAUGCAGUCUUGACACUGGACCCUGACUCCCUUGCGCCCCCCGGCCCCUUGCUCACUCGCCGAACUUCCCCGUGCAAUCUGCUUCCAGGCUUCGACCUACAGUGAAACCGAAUGCGCGCCAUUGUUCUCGCCUUCGGUCUCCUCUGCUUAUCUCGGAUUCCAGGAGUAUAGUCGAUCGGUCUCGUUCGAUCAGGAACCAUCAGACAAAGAGAUAAUGCAAAGGAUGCUCUCGGAUCAUCGCUCUUCGGGAUGUUCGGGAAACGCCCCCGAUAUUCUUGGCUGGUCCCUUCCCACGUGGGCGCCGCCCUCCGCCAUCCGCCAUCUAUGACAGCGUGGUGAGUGGGGGCUCGAAAGCCUAUGUAUCCGACACUAAAAUGGUUCUGAUCCAUAGGAAUCCCAAUUAGGUUUUGAUGUACGCUGUCGAUCCGUGUACAGAUGGUGGCUUCUUCCGCAGCGCUGCCAUCAUGCUCGGCAUUCCCAAGUCGCGAGCUGGAUGUUGUGAGAAGCAUAUGGCGAUAAGGCAAAUUGCGAGUAAUUAUGGAAGAUCAAGGAUCCGCUGACCUUCUUGUGUUGAUCCUGUGCCACCGCCCAACAAAAGGACGUUUCAGAUUCCCGCCCCUGGAAAGCCGGACCCUGACCUUCAACAAGCAAGGCCUUGGUUCCAGCGGAAGGUUGUCAUCCUGUCCGCUUUUGCUCUUGCGUGCUGCCCAUGUGGGUAUGCCAUGCCUGUGCGCCUGUUGACAUGAGCCCAUGCCACCUUUGAGUGCGGUCUUCGGUCUCUGGAAGAGUGGAAGGUCGGCAGCGGGGCGCCCGUGCUGCAUACUGCAUAUACUGCAAUACUUGCCAGUCAUGGACAAUGCUAACCAUGGACGAGGGGGUAAGCUCGCGACGGAGCUCGGGAGCAAAACAGGGCAGUCGCAGUACGAGCACAAGGCUGAAUCAGUGAUGUUUGGUUCUGGGUUGUUGUCCCUAGGGGUAGGCGCGUUUCAUGUACUGUGCCUCGUCUGUUAGGCCCGGCGCGAGGUGGGGCCCGUCGCAGAAGGGAC